UUCGGUUCAAGCGCAAAAAGAGCAAAACCGAGAGAGGAGACACAUGAGGCAUGAGACAGAGUGAGACAGAGGACACAUCAGGAUUGAACAACAGUUUUAUAUUUCUUUUUAUUGCGUGAAUUCGUCACAUUUAUUUUACACACCGCGCUUUUCAUUAUUAUCAUUAUAAUAUUUAUUAUUAUAGCAGUUAUUCUAGGGCAGGAAGCACGCAUGCGCCGUGAGGAGGAAUUAGUCUGAAUUAGUCUCAGAAGUUGUGACGCGACGUGCUGGGAAUAAAAACCAAACCAUGGCACUGGGAAAAGUUUAAAGGGGGACAUAAUCAGACAUUUGCGUCCGUAUGGAGGGAAAAACGCUGUCGGAUCUCUACCCGAGGAUGCCGAGCUGCUGGACUCCGUGAUUUUCCCCAGAAAUAAAACACUUCUAACUUCUAUUUUUGGGAAGAAAAUAAAAAACAAAUCACUGUUUUUUUUCACUGGAUGUCAACUAGAGGAGCUACAGGAAUUUGGAUGUGAUUUAAUUAAAUAAUAAAAAAAAGGAUCAGAGAUGGAAAUGUUUCAUUUCUUUUAAAACAAUAAUAAUAAUAAUAACAAUUAAAAAGAAACCCGGGAUUGACCGCAACUUCAUUCGGAUUUUAUCAUGAUUUUAUUAAAUAUUCUUCUUCUUCUGUUUUUAGCGGAUAAGGUGGUCCCUUUUGAGAAUGCCGAAUGGACAGCCCCCAUGGACUGUUUACGGGCGAGCGAGAUGUGCAACCAGAACGCCCAGUGCAGCUCACGUUUCCGUAUCAUGCGCCAGUGCCUGGUGGGCAGAGACCGCAGCGCCAUGCUGGAGAAUAAGGAGUGCCAGGUGGCGCUGGAGGUUCUACAGGACAGCCCGCUGCACCAAUGCCACUGUAAGAGGGGCAUGAAGAAGGAGCUGCAGUGCCUGCAGAGUUACUGGACCAUCCACAUGAGCCUCAACGAAGGAGAAGAACUUUACGAGACGUCCCCCUACGAGCCAAUGCAUUUCUCUGAUGAAUUCCGACUCGCUUCUAUUAUUUCAGCCAUCGGCUCAGCCUCCUCAAAGGGAACCGUGUGUCCCGAGUCUGUGAAUUCCUGUAAUCCGUGUCUGGAUGCUGCGAAGGCAUGUAACCUGAAUGCUGUGUGUAAGCGUCAGCGCUCGGCCUACAUCACUGCGUGCAGCCGCUCGAUGCCCAUCGCACUCUCCCCCGAGCCAUGCAGCCGUAAACGCUGCCACCGGGCACUGCGCCAGUUCUUCGAACGUGUGCAGAAUGAUCUCAGCUACCCACUGCUCUUCUGCUCGUGCAGGGACAAAGCAUGUGCUGAGCGGCGGCGCCAGACCAUCGUACCCGCCUGCUCUUUUGAGGAAAAGUCCAAACCGAACUGUCUCGAGCUCCGGAGGAUCUGUCGAUCGGAUGCACUCUGCAGAUCCAGAUUGGCAGACUUCCACAUGAACUGCCAGACGCACUCAAUAACGAGCUGUCCUAAUGACAACUACCACGGCUGUCUCGUGUCCUACGUUGGGCUUAUAGGAUCCGACGUGACCCCAAACUACGUGGAUGCCAACCACGCCAACAUCACCAUCUCGCCGUGGUGCACUUGUCGUGGCAGCGGUAACCAGGAGACGGAAUGUGAAGCUUUUCUGCGCGACUUCAGAGAGAACGCGUGUCUAAGGAACGCAAUCGAGGCGUUUGGUUACGGAGCGGACGCUGGAUUCCUUCCGUUCACCGAAUCUCAUUCUGUCGCCCCUUCGGAAAAACCCAACCUUCAUCCCGGCAUUAUCACCAAACCCGACAUCAUCACCAACGACGUCAAACCUGCCGAGAGCGUGUGUGUUUUCUCCACAUGCGCUAAUCUUAAGGACGGUGCAGAGAAGUGUUCUCCCUCCAGCAGUUUUGAAUGUGCAGAUGAGAACAUUCUGGAUUCCACCAUGGACGGCUCCAUCGACUCGCACCAAUCCGAGAACGACAGACAAUCGUCUGCGUUUCUGUCCAGCGUCUCCACGGCAACCAUCGUCCUGUCCGUCGUAUUUGUCAUUCAGGUCGUGUAAAUAAAACUCCAAGUCCGCAAGGGCCGAAACAAUCAGACGGACACCUCCAGUCCAAAACACUGACAUUGAUCUUUGUCAUUUUCUUUCUCUCUAUUCUCUCUUUCUGUGUCUCACACACCAUUUUUAACUAUUUGAAAUCGUCAAAAUGAAGAGAAGCACCGACUGCAGCAGAAGGGGCUUCCUACAGCACGAGAAAAGCAUUUCUGUGACCGUUAGCUUAGCACAGUGGGCUAACUGGGAUAGGGAGUGUUGGGGGUUUGAGUUUUGAAAAAAGUUUCAGAUUGAACAGGAAAAGGAAGUAAGUAACAACACACACACAAAAAAAUCCUUCAUGAUGUACAGGUUUAAAAUCAAAGAGACUUUUGUGGAUAUUCGAAAACAGUGGCUUUCAGAUACAGACGCAUUCUCCAUGAUAAUGAGCUUCUUCUGUGUAUUUACAUCCAGCUGAGCAGCAAGAUGUGUAAAAUAAAGCACCACACGGCUGGCUGA